AAGGUGAUCCUGGUAACCAUUUGACAGAUGGUUGAUAUGCAACCGUAUGGCUAAAAUUUGAACUUACAAGGACGUGAAGUGUGAACUUCUGUUGAAAAUCUCACAGUAUGAAACCCACCCACGUGACAUGAGGGUACUGCGUGAUGCUAGAUUCACAGUCAUUUGGACUGUGUGCAUGACUAUGCAUGUCUGAAAGUAAGCAGUGCAAUGGUGAUGAGCAUUUAAGUUUACGCUUUGAAUUGAUGCUAUAUGAACUGUCUUUCAGUUGUGGGUGCUGUUAAAUAAUGCGAUUUAAAUUUGGAACUUGUUAUUGUAGUAUAUUAACAUGUGGACGGCGUUUUUAAUGAGAAUAUUAAGAAAAAGAAUAGUUCUUGGAAUAAUAUUUGCAGUGUCUCUAACCUAUUGUAUUUUCAGUUUCUUGCGUGAGGCUGAUGAUUCCCUUAACAAUGAAAUAGAAACUGUUCCAGUAAGAAGGUUAAAUCAGCAAUUUUUGUGGCAUUCAGUGAAGGAUGAUAUAAAUGGCUCUAAUGUUAAAGUAACAACAUGCAGAAAUUCAGUACAGGGCAAAGUUUUAAUUGUUGACGAUAGAGGCUAUGUUUGUUCACGAACAGACAUUUUAUCCACUGGCUGUUGUAAUACAGAUUCUGAAACCACGAAACGAUAUUCCUGUGAAACUUGCAAAGACAGUGGAUGUUGCAGCAUAUAUGAGUAUUGUAUAUCAUGUUGCUUACAUCCAGACAAAAAAAACUUAUUACAAAGUGUCCUGGGAAAAGCAUCAGAAACAUUUAAUGUCCUGUUCGCUUCAGUGACAGAUCAUUUUGAACUUUGCUUGGCAAAAUGCCGCACCAGUUCACAGAGUGUGCAGCACGAGAAUUCCUAUCGUGAUCCACGGGCUAAGCAUUGCUAUGGGGAAACCCCUUCAGCUACUGGAGAAGGACCAGCUUCCUCAUGAGUAUUGCCAUUGUCAUCAUUGUGCAUGUGCAGUUGGCUUCUAAGUAUGUGAAGACGCUUAUUUUUUGAAGAAAGUUGUAUGAACAGUACACAUGCAUUCUCUGACUUGUGCUACAGUUCACUAACUGGAAAUGUUGAAGAUUCUUUACUUUCUAUAUUCAAAAGCAUUGCAACAUUAUAGAAGUGAAUGACAGGACUGUGGCCUCUUCAGCAAGCUUCAAGAUGGCGGAAACAGAAGUCAUGACAGAAUAAAGUUGUGGCUUGUAUAUGAUUGUCAGUUGGUCUAAUUGAUUUUUUGUAUAAUUUUGUUAUGUGUCAUUUUCAUUUUUAAUGGAUAUGAGUGUUGGGGGUGUAAGUAGAUUGUAAAUAUUAGAGACAAAUUUUCUGUGGAGUGUUAAGAAACAAACAAGAAGGGACAGUGUCUGAAAUAGAAGUACUUCAAGAAAGGAUACGGUGGUGUGGAGAUGUGUUACACAUGGGUAAAAAUGGGGUCCCAUGGAAGCACAGAAAUUAUGAAUAAAUGCAUGAGGGAGAUCAGAGUCAAGGUGAGAGACUAAGUGAGUCAAAUUGAAUAUGGGAAGAGUGGACACAGAUACAAGAGGAACAGUUAUAAAGACAGAGAAGAAUGGAGAAGACUUUCUCACCCUGUUGGAAACAUCAGUUGAUAUUAGUUUGAUGAACCACAAAAAGUGAACACAGUGACUGUUUAUCGGUAAAUAAAGAACUCUGCAGUCAGAAUCAUUAUAUACUUGCAGGGCCAGUCUUAAUUACAUACAUUAUGUAGAAGCAGUGUGAUCUCCAUUUACAGGCAAGCAUGAAUAUUCAUAAUGUCAUGUAUUAUGUGUGACUAUAGAUGGAUUUUUGAUUGGUGAAUAUAUUUAUUUACCAUGUACAGGUCAUAACUACAAAUAACU